AUGAUCGCAAGCCGAGCACUUUCUCGGGGCAGCUGGCCCUUGGUUCAGGCAUUUAGAACAAAGCCUUUCUCAGAAUACCUACCGAUUCGAUCUCCUCCCUCUCAAGGUAUUCGGAUAUUCUCACGAGGGUACAGCAUCGCUCUAGUUGGCCUUGGAUACCGGGGCUAUAGGAGCCAUUUCCUUAGUCUCUCCAAUGACUCAUCGAUCUCAGUAUCAGCCGUAUGUGACACGAACCUCGCAGCCCUCGAGUCUUUCUCCCUCAGCCACCGCGGCAUCCCCACAUAUACCUCUCUCUCCCAGCUCCUGCAGCGCCAUACUCCAGUCUUCGCCAUCGUGUCUGUGCCCCAUGGCGCGCACAUGGAGUGUAUCACCGCCCUAGCGGCGAAGGGGGUCGCCGUGCUUAAGGAGAAGCCCGUUGCGGAGUCCAUGGACGAAUAUAACUGGAUGGCAAAUCUGCCCGUGCGGAUUGGAAUCACCUUUCAGAAGCGCUUCGAGCCGCAUUUUUUGCACUUCCGGAGUUUGCUCCCGCUGGUUGGGCGCGUCGCCGCGGUUGAAGCGAGCCUUGCGCUCAAUAUUACGAACUUGGAAGAGACAUGGCGGGCGAGCUCUGGGGUCGGGGUUACAGAGGACCUUGGAUGCCACAUGCUCGACAUCCUCGUAUGGCUAUUCGGCCUACCGACCUCGGUGAUGGCGCACCAGGUCUCCUCCGUGCGCCCCUCGCAAAGAUACGGCGGGGAUGAUGUCUCUAGUAUCUUAAUGGACUGGGGCAGCAACUGUAUAGGUCACGUACGCCUAUCACGAGUCGCUCAUCGAGCCGCUCAAUUUAUCUCGAUUACUGGGACCGACGGGACGCUUAGACUCGACGGACAUAAAAUCACACAUAACGACACGCAAGGCCGCAAAACAUUGAACGUCAAGCACCAUACUGCAGACAAACAAGUGAUCCGCUCAAUGGUACAGGAAUUUGGCGACUGGGUUAGUGGCCGACAACCGGAAUUUUCAACCUCUUUAGCCAACGUGGUGCAUACAGUUUCCAUCGUCGACGCUAUAAAAAGGUCCCUAGAAACUCGGCAGGUCCAGCACCCUCUCCUGCUUUCUUCAACCAGACCUAUAAGCAUUCAGCCCUCCGCCAGGACGUCUAUAAACCGCCAGUGUGUCGCCAAUUUCUCCACUACAUCUCACACCAAGACCGGGAACAAUUUCUUUCCCUUGAAUACAGGAGCCCUGAUUCCCGCCGUUGGCCUGGGCACUCGCGGAGCCAGGCGGGCGGGAGAGGUGUACGAUGCUGUCCGUGUAGGAUUGGACGCUGGGUAUCGCCAUAUCGAUACAGCGCAGUCUUCCAGGAAUGAACGUGAGAUUGGUCGAGCGAUCAAGGUCUCUGGUGUUCCGCGUGAGCAAAUUUGGGUCACCACGAAACUGGACAAUACAUGGCAUACCCGCGUUGAGGAGGCCAUCGAAUCUUCUCUAUGCGCUUUGAAUAUGGAGUACGUUGAUCUCUACCUCAUGCACUGGCCUGUUUCGAUCAACCCCGACGAUCCGGCUUCCCUGCUAUCAGAUUGGGACUUUGUCAAUACUUGGCAAGGAAUGCAAAAGAUCUCCACGAAGAAAUCGCGGAACAUCGGCGUCUCAAACUUCUCCAUCGCGAACCUCCAACGUCUUUUAACCCAUCAAUCCUGUAAGGUAAUCCCUGCAGUGAAUCAAGUCGAGCUCCACCCUUACUGGCCAUCUAGAAGACUUCUUAGAUACUGCACCCACCAUCGUAUUCACUGCACUGCGUACUCGUGCUUGGGGUCUGCGGACUCUCCGCUGUUGUCCGAGCCCGCACUGCUUGAGAUCUCGCGGGCAAAGAAUAAAUCGCCGCAGCAGGUUCUGAUCAGGUGGGGCAUUAAGCGCGGUACCAGUGUGAUACCCGGAUCCGUGAGCCCAGCCCGGAUCAAGGACAACUUCCAGUUGAAUGGGUGGGAUUUAAGUACAGAUGAGAUGGAGAAGUUGAAGAGUUGUGAGACACGGUCCAAGUCAUGCAGUGGCGACUGGUUGCCCGGGAACUUGCAGUUCGAUGCCGCUGAUGAUGAUGAUGAUUAG